AAUAGAAGGAUUACCGAAUUUCCAAAGAAAGCAAAAUGUCAAACUGGUUUUUAUUCUGCGAUGGCAACUCAAUAUUACUGUUCAAUAUUCAAUUAAAGCACUUUGGACAUCUUCAUUAAGAUAUUAUCUUAAAUCAAUCUCUAUGGCUCAAGAUAAGCUUACAAAUAUACCUGAAGAGCAUUAUUUUUUGACAAUGAUAAUAUAUUUAAUUUCAUAAAAGCACCAAAAAUAGAAAUUAUUGUAAAAUCGACAGCAUCCUUCUUGCAUAUGCUACAUAAUUGGGACUCAUUUCGAAGACGAAAGCAAAUGGUAGCCGUUCAGGGUAGAGGAAACCUUACUCUUGAUUUAGCCAAUGAGUCGAGGUUUAUCAAAGUAGGGAAAAUGAAACGAUUAUUAGAGAGAAUAGUUGAAGCAGAUAACAUGCUAAAACAGUUGGUUCAAAUCAAUAAUACAGAAAAAAAUCAAAUUAGUUCAAUUCAAGUGCAACACACUAAUUAUCCUGAGGCUCUUUCUAAUGAAGAAAAUAUUUUUCAGGCAAAUUAUAUUCAAAAAUUUAGAACUUAUUGGUCUAAAUUUGAAAGGUCGGAACUGCAUGCAUUUAAUACAUGCUGGUUUGAUGAAGUAAGUUUUAAUUUAAUUAUUAAAAGCUCAUCAAAUUUGGGCCUACAAUAUGGAUUCCAAGCUGAUAGAAUGGGUGAAUGUUCUCAACAACAAAUAAUUUAUAUUGAUAAUAACGACUCUAAUGAACUACAACUAGCUUGGAGUCGGAUUUGUAAUAAACUCAAAAAAUGGUCAACUUUCAUUAGUGAUGAGCAACACAUUUAUAUAAAGCUAUUAAAUAUAGAUGAAACCACAUCUGCUUUUACAUUGCGCUCCUUAUCAGAGAACGAUAGUAAUGAUGACAGAAAAAGAAUAUCGUCAACAAAUUUAUUCACUUUUAAUAGCUCAAAAAAACAGACUGUACUAAAGUUUUGUACGUUAAGAAUGAUACACGAAACUGACAGAGUAUUUUAUAUCAAAUUAUUAUUCUUUAAUACAAGUAUUCAACAACGUCAGCUUGUUAUUGAGGAUUUAAAACUUAUGCUAACUACACAAGAUCCAAUAGAUCAAACUAAUAUGCUAGUUGAACUGGAUAUAAGAAAUAAAUCAUUUGUGGCUAACAAUAAGUUUGCUAAAGAGACUUAUCAUAAUUCAGAAACAGCUAUCAUUUUAACAGAAAGGCCAUUAACUCGUUUACUCAUGCGUGAUAGUUCUCAUUAUUUACCUUCUUUGAUAAGGAAUAAUGAAUUUGAACUUUCUAAGAAUGUCAGCCAAAAUAGUAGCAAAUUUUCUUGGUAUAUUGAUCCUGCUAUAAUCUUAACAGGUGAAUUUAUUGUAAGGAACUAUCUACAACAGUAUAUAUGGCAUUGGGAUGCCAAAGACGUAGAUUAUGACAGGCAAAGUUACUACCAUGCUUUUAAAUCAAUAUUGGAUUUAGCAUUUGAUCAUAUUAUAGUAACUAGACUAGAACAAAAAUGGAGUUUGAUAUCGUUUAAUGACACAUUUGCCCAUUUUUAUAAAGAGGACAGUUAUAAUAAUAGUCAAGAUGUAGGAGCUAUUUUUUCUUUACAAUACUUUAUUUGGAAAGAUGCUCAGAAGAAUAGGGUUUCGACAGAACUUUGGUUUGAACCUAUACCAUAUGAAAGUACAAUUAAAACAAACGAUGCUAUUAAAUCAGAGAUAUUUGGAUCAGAUAAACAUAUCUUUUCAAAGCUGACUACGUUUGAUGUUAUGUAUGCUUUUGGAAAAAAAAGUUCAUUAUCAAUCAAGGACUUAUUAAAAGAUCAAAUGGAAAUUGAGGAUGAAAUAUAUAAUACAACAAGGUGGAUGCAGAAAUCAUCCUUAUUCAAUUUGUCUUCUAUACUGAAAUCAGGAACUUUCUUAUUUCCGAUGUAUUCAUGUCCAAAUUACAGUAGACAUUUUCAUCCAGAAGGAAGUGAAUCAAUAGUAAUUGAACAACAGCAAAAGAAAUUAUUUGUAAAUGAUGCUCAAGAGCCGAAUAGCUAUACAUUCAAACAGAACGGUGCUACAAAUACCCGUUCAAGGACAUUUUCGAAAUUUAGUCCUAUAGGUUCACCAUUUAUAUCCAAAACUCCUUUGAUUUGGAAUACAGAUAAGAAUACUACAUGCACUUGCCCUCGACCAGACACUCUAUUUUGUACUGAAAAGAAUGCUAUCUCUAAAUUGAAGCCUGUUCUUAGAGAUAUUGUAUUACUACACUACUAUGUGGAGCAGUCAUUAUAUGCAGUCACGGAUCGUAAUAUAUCUUUUAGCAAAGCAUCCAGUGAUGAGUUUUUGCCAUCAAUAAUUAAAGAACUACUUAAAAAUAAUCAAAAAAUUGGAAACAAUAGAAGCACUCUACAUGUAGCACAUAGUUUUCGAGAUCUACAAUGCUUUAUAAAAAUAUUUGAACCAUCUGUCUUCAUAGUAAUUUCAAUACCUCGGUUGGAUGCUGUUAUUAAGAGAUUUUGUAAAAUUGAUAAUAGUCCUCUAAAAAACGAGCCAUUCUCAUUUGAACAUUUGGGUUUAAUGGUGUUUGAAUGCCGGAGACAAGAGAUUAAAAAUAGCUGUAUGAAUGUAUCCCCUUUUGACCAAAUUAAGAUAUGUCCUAUUGAUUUGACAGCAUCUAAAGAAUGGUUAGACAGUCUACCAUCAACACUCCGACCUAAUCUCUUUCAAGGUUAUUUUUCGAACAUACCAUUAUAUAAUCCUUUGUCUGACAGAGCACUACGAAUAAUGCAGGAUAUAUCACAAGUUUAUUCCCGAAGCUUUGUUAAAUCCGUUUUUACAUGUCUUUUACAUGGACGUGCAAUUGAUUCAGAAGACUUUGAAAAAGUUCUAGAAAUCUGUGAUGAAUCUAACAUAGAUAUUGAUUUAACAGGAUAUCUAAAUGUUCAAACGUUGCUUAAGCGAAGCUCAAGAAUAAUCAAAGAAGAAUUAAUAUCAACUAAUCACCGCUUUGCUUCAGUUUUGGGUCAUUAUUUUGAACCAGUUAUUAUAUCCAAUUCUAAAUGGACUAAUAUGUAUUGUUAUCGUCCACCUUUUGCCAAGGUUGGCCAAAAGCUAGGGCUUUCGCUUUCAUCGGGAGAAAAGCCAAGUAAUUUGACGGAUGUUAUUAUAUGUGCUCAAAAUCCAUUAUUCAUACGUCUGGAAUGCACUUUACGUAAACCUUCUAAAACUUAUACUGGAUUCACAGAGAUAACAUUUCCUGUUCGCGAUUUACCUGUAUCGUAUGAAGGUGAAUUAGAAGAUGGAAGCGUUUUUAAUUUUGAACCAGAUUUUAUUGGAACUGAAAAUUCACCUGUGGAUUCUACUGAUGGUACUUCUGCUACAUUACACUUAGUCUGUAUCACUUUACCACAGUCAGAACAUGAUUUACCAAAUGUUUUAUUCUCGCAUAAACCUUCCUGUCCUGUCAAAAAUAAAGCUCCUUCCCAUACGUCGCUAUUUUUGGAUACUGAUAAACUCCAUAGAUCAAGACUUCCUGCUUUGAGUGAAGAUAAACAGGAUGCAUUAGUUGAAACAGAGGCUCGAUUAACAUGGUUAUUCAUAGAAGAGAUUAUGCAUGGUUUACUCCGAUCGGGUCCCAUCACACAAACAGUGAUUCAUUAUAUUGAAACCCAAUUAAGGAAAAAAAAUCCAUUUGUUGAUUUCCCUACAACAAUGUUUAUUCCAUUAGCUUUUGUCAAAAAUCAAAAAGAAAGCCGUAUAAUGUUUUUCGAAGAACUUGAAAAGCAUAAUGGUGCGCCUUAUCGAUUAGUUCGUGUAGGAGAUUGCUUUUAUGCAUGUGAUAAUGGAUCAAGUAAUACUUUAUUGCUACGAUCAUGUUCAUUACUAAAACAGCAAGAAAAUAAUGAUCCUCUAUUUGAUGGUGAAGGAUUAAAUAUAACAACUGAAUCCAAUAUUUAUACUAAUAUUAAAGAGAAUACGAUUAAUACAACUAGCAGAGAACAAGAAAGCGAUGAAUUUUGCCAAGGUUUAGGAAUUAGUAUUCUAGAAAUUGAAACACCAGCUGAUGAAGAUGAACCUACAGAGCAAGAGCCAGAGUAUCCACAACUUUAUUGGCUAUUACUAAUUCCUCAAGCACAUAAUGUGCAAAUAUAUUUUUAUUCAAAAAUGCAAGAAACAGUUAAUCGCUCUGAAAUUAUUCGCUCCACUAAAGCAAUGGUAAAUGAAGUGACAGAACGUACAAAUAAAAUAAUCCUUUUACGAUCUUUGCAUGAUAGUCGAAAAUGCAGCAAAUACCUUUUAUCUACUGUUGAAGAAGAUAAAUUAGUCUAUUCUUCUUAUGAAGAAACAAGUGAGGAAGAUGACUUCACUAAUAAUAACACAGGAAAUAAUUUAGUUGAAAUUCUAUCAACUUCUGGAGAGGAAGCUGCUUUUUCUCCACCAAAAAAAUUUAUGCCGGGCCAAUUUAGUUGUGAUCUCUUAUUUACUAAAAGGUUUCCUUUGCAUUGGAGACUGGCACCAAACGUGGCUUAUAAUAAGCUGAUGACUGACACACUGACUCCUUUUUUGGUGAAGAAUAAAUCUGGGAUGUUUGUUUGCUCUCAUCAAAAUUCCGUGGUUUAUUGUUUUCUCUCAGAAGUUAAUAGUUUAAGUUACUCUUCUGCUUCAAUUGAUAGUGUUAACCAGCAUUAUCUUAGUAAUCACAACAUAGAUGAUAUUCAUAAUAUAUCAAAUCCGGAAUCUCCUCAUAAUAAUAAUAUGCUUUUAAAUCCAAAUGAAAAUGAUGCACUUUGCACAUCACAUACUCGUAUACAUCAUUCUGCUUAUACUUUUACUAAACCUUCACCACAAGGGAGCAUCAAUAGUGAUCGACAACAGCUUAGCCCAAAUCAAAGCCCCUGUUUAACUGAUAUUAUUGCCACAGCUUCGUCUCCUUUAGGUAGCAGAAAAUCUGGAACUAAAAAUUAUGAAGGAAGAGAGCUUGUUCUGGAAGUGUAUGGUGUUGAGUUGAACGACUAUAUCAUUGAUGGACUUGUUGAAAUGAUUGAUUCCCGAAUUACUUCUGAUAUUACCUUAAAAGAAGUACAGCAGUUUUUAGUUCGUAAUCCCAACUCAAAGCUUUCUCGUGCAGAUAUAGAUUUCAUUAUACCUGUUGAAAAGGAGCCUUUAAUUCAUCGUUUAUUAUAUAUACCUCCUUUAAUAGAAAAUAAUAUACAAUUUUUAAGGAUAUUGCGCAAGAAUAUCUUCUCCGGAUCUUCACUCCAUACACUACACUCAAAUUAUUUACCUUCUUUGAUAAAACGUCAUCAUGAUUUAAGAUACAAUGGUUAUGCUUACAACAACAAGACUUUAGGAGAAAAUUCAGGACGUAUUGCUGCAGAAGAAAUGUCAUGUUUGGAUCUUGUAUUCUAUUAUAACUAUUUAAAUCGUGCUCCUGGUACUUAUUUACCGUUUGAGCAGAAAAUUGGUGAAGGUAUAGCUGGAAUUUGUUUAACGUUAUUAAAUGAAGAAGGCUUAGUCUAUAAUAAGAUAAGUUCUGGUAAUGUUAUUAGAAACAAAAGCCUACAUAGCUUUAGUCCAGAGAUCCUAUCGUCCUGUUUGAAUUCUGAUUUCGAAAAAAACAAUAAUGAAAAAAAAUUAAAAAUUGGUAUUGAUAUUUGGUCUCACAGUAAAACCGAUGUCGAUCAGAUAUACCAAUAUAUACAUAAAACAUUCAAGCAGAGUAUAUGUGAUUAUAUUACUCAAACUAUAAUCACUACUAUCACAAUAUCAAAACAAGAAAUUGAAGACUUCAGGACUAUAUCAUCUUCAUUUCUUUUCGUUUUAAAAAAAGCUUACGAAUGGGAGAGCUCAACAGUAAAGAAUAUUACACAUUCAAUCAAAUUAGCUCCCUUGCACAUGGAUGGUAUUAUACAACAAUUUAGAUCAAAUCUUUUAGAUAUUCAUAGCAUGUUUGAGCCAGUAAUCGGAAGAGCAAAUUUAUCCUUUAAUUUUGAUAACAAUAAUAACAAUCACUCCGAUUUUGAAGAAUAUAAUCUAUAUCCCUUCGGGUUAAUAGAUAAUUAUGAUAACAUUACAGCUAAUGAUAAAUGUCAGAGACUAUCGGAUCCAGUUCCACCAAAACAAGAUUACAAUAUAUUUCAAAGUUCAAAUAAAAAUCUUCAAGACUUGGAAUCUGAUAAAUCAAAUCAAAAACAGAAAACAAUUAACGAAUUACCAAUAUCUAAUCAUGCAAAUUUUCGUUAUAUAAUUAUUAGUGGAAUCCCUGAAUUAUUAAACAAAUAUAUUCCUUCUUCAGCUUCAAGCUUACGACCAAUGAAUAACUAUUUAUGGGAUUCACCUUACAUACAUAGGCUAAUCGGUGCUCGUGGACUGCAUUUUGGUAGUAGUGAUAGCUUAAAUCCUUUUGAAGAAGAUGAAUCUCAAAACUUUAUCGAAAAGUCUGAAAAUUCAAAGAGAGAGGAUACUACCAAUUCACAUAGCCGGCAAGAAUCUAUGUCUAAAGCUUUUCCAAAUUAUAUUGCAAAAUUUAAAAAUAACGAUAACAAAGAUGGAACGAAUCAGCACACUUUUAUGAUAUUUAUUCUGGAUACAGAUUGUUUAUCACUUUAUUCAUAUAACUGCUCAGACUUCUUUAUAGAGCAAACCUAUAACACAUUAUACAAAUAUAUUAUACAACAAGAAAUACGACAUAUGGCUUUAAAAAAUAUUUUACAUCAAAAAAUGGGAUUAUUUCAUCAUUCAGAAAAAAUGGUUAAUAUUAUUUCUCGUAAACAUGACUUACAAGAAAGUACUUUAAUAACAGGGCAUCAAUCAGCCCCAAAUACGAACUCAUUUCAUCAUACAACACCGCUAACGCAAUUGCAAACGAUUAAUAAUAAUAGUAUUAAAUCUCCUGUAGCAUCUAGUUUGGGAAAUACUCUGGGGCGACUUGUUCACAUGGAUUCAUUAUUAUCAAUACAAUCUAACGAGACUUCUGAUUUUGAACAAAAAUUUAGUAAUAAAAGCUCUACUACUAUUAUUGGUUUUGAAAACUUGCGAAAACUUAUUACUAACGAUUAUAAUAUAAAAAUACAUCCUUAUCAACAGCAGCAGCAGCAACAACAACAACAACAACAACAACAACAAAAUAUGUAUCAUUGUUAUACAGAAGGUGAUGAAAAAUCAACUAUUGCCCAUAAAUCUAUUAGAGAAAUGGGUCCUAUGUUUACUUCAACUCAUGAAGCUGAUGCAGAUACAUUAUUAUGUGACACUUAUAUUGAUUCUACGAAAGAAAAUGGAUAUUCGUUUAAUAAAGAUCACCUCUUCAAGCAUGGUGAGCCUUUUCUUGAAUUGUAUUUAGCAAAGUCAAAACCUUUGGUUGCUCACGAAAAGGCAUUUAAAGUUUAUACAAAAUGGGCUGAUCAGUACUAUGGGCCUGGGCAUGUUAAAACUACGGAUGAAAUGAUGACAGCAGACGAGUUAAAAUUAAUUUUAAAAGCUUCCCGGUUACUACAUUUUUGUAGAACUCCACUUAUUUUCUCGGAUUCAGCUAAUACACCUUUAUCCUCAAAGUCAAUGUCAGAUAGGUUUGAAAAAAUAUUUAAUAAUUCGUUGGCAUUAAAAGAUGAAGAAGUGAUUACGUGGUAUAAAAAGCUAUCUGAAGACUUUAUGAUGGAGUAUGCUUCUUAUUUGGAAAGUGUUGGUAUGCAUCUUAUUGUGAAUGGGCCAUCUAAUGAUAAUCAAGAUGAAAUAAAUGCUUUUUUAUCAGAUUUUACCAUAACAGAAAAUUACGUAAUAAAAUCACCUGUAGUUUAUCUAUUACAAGUAUUCGAAGGCGGAUCAAUUAUGUGUGAAGUACGAAUUACUGGUGCAUUUGUAUCUGUUACACUAUAUACUUUACAUAGACGCUAUAGUAGAUUGCAAUAUCCAUCUCAUUCAAGCCAACGAAAAAGAUAUGGGACUGGACGAGAAUCGUUUCAGAAUUUCAUGGCUGAGUGUGAUCGAUUCAAACAACGCAUUCAUGUUAAUUCCUUUGUUUUCGAUUUCCAUCUACGGUAUAUCCAACGAAGUUUAGAUAAUCUUGAAAUACUGCCUUCUAAUCUAAAUUUACUGAGCGUCAUAAAAAAUACAGUCUCUGUUUAUGAUCGACCUACAAUAUAUUCCAAAAAUCGAAUUAUUCAAGGAAUCUAUGAAGUAACAAUAGAAGAAUCAUUAAAUGAACUUGUUUCAUGGGUUAUGAAUAAUGGAAAUAAGCUUGAACUUAAUACAAUUGCAGUAGAUAGAGUACCUAGUUCUUGUUUUAUAUCCUCAAAUAAUUCAUCCUUUGCGGAUGAAAAUAAUGAAUCCUCUAGUGAAAAUUCAGUUUAUAAAUAUACAUUAAUAGUUUGUCCAAUAGAAAAAACAAGUCAUAUUGAGCUAGAUAAAAAUAGUGGUUUACAUCGACAAGCAAAUUCAGUACAAGAAGUCAUUAGUCAAAUGAAUACCACCGACAAAAUAGAUAGACAUACAACAGUUAUAUCAUUACAGUACUUUAUACUAAUUACAUAUCAAGGAAUAGAUUGUUGUAAAGCUUCAGAUUAUUCCCAAAAAAGUCAGGAUACUGUUCUUAAAGAAAAUCAGAAAAAAUGUAGCAGUUCUUCAGAUAAUAAUUUAGUACCUAAAUCUUUAAGACAGGAAGAUAUUUUAAAAUCAGCAAAAUUAAAAAUUGAAAGCAUCAUUAAAAAGGCCGUUCAUUUUAUUCAACGUGAAAAAGAUUGGAAUAUGUUAUGUAAAAUAAUGUACCCCAAUAUAAGAAAAGAGAACUCCGAAAACUUGAUACAAUUAGCUAAAAAAUUCAAUCCUAUUGAUCUUGGCAAAACGGAUCCAUCAUUUAAAAAAUUUUUAAAGCUCAAAUAUAUCAAUUGGAAUGAUGCACUAGAUAAUUUAAAGUUAUUUUAUAAAAAAGCGUCCGGUGAUAUUUAUGUUCAAGACACAAGGCAUGUACUGUUAUUUGUUUCGAAUACAGGAUCACCUUCGUUUUUUCACUUUGAAUUAUAUUGUAAUCAAUUAUGUUCGGCUACGAUUAAUACAAAGGAAUUCAGGAAAGAUCCUCUUAAAUUGUCAUCUGAAGAAAAAGAAUAUAUAGCAACAAUAACAACGAAUUUGGCAUAUUAUAUAUGGAAAUGCAUUCGAAGUUGUCCAUGAUAAAAUAGUUGAAAAUAGUAUAAAGAUAAAAUUAGAUGAUAUGUAUAAUUUCGUAAUUUAUACUAAAUGAUAGGAAGUCAUAAUGUUUUCAUGUGGCAUAUAUAUAUAUGUGUAUAUAUUAA